AGCGAUGCUGCGUCUGAACUCCCUUCCGCCUGAGGAGAGGGAUAUCAUCCUCCGAAGGGAAGGGGGAAAGUGGGGAGAGGGCGGCCAAGCUCGCCCACAGCCCGCUCAGCUCUCCCGGGGACCGCCCGGGGCUCGCCCGGCACCCGAGCAAAGUUUUCCCGAGCUCGGCGAAGAGCGCGGAGGAGGCACGUGAGAUCCCUUCUCCUAGCACACAGCUGGGCUUCCAGCCCCGGCCCUGCUGUUACUGGCCAUGGCCUUGGCACCCCCGACUGAAGGGUGAAGGGGAGACCUGGGGCACCCGCUCCCUCCAUCGCCUUCCCCGGCUCUGCGCCCCAGCCCAGGGAUUUCAAGGCAGCAGGAGACCAGAGCUAGCCUUCUCAACACAGUGCUACAACCCGUGAGGACUGAAGGUGACCUCUGAGACUCAUCUCAACAUGUUCAGUGAAAAGAGCAGUGCCUCUUUGUCCCAGAAACCCAUCCAGAAAAAGACACGACCUCAGGGCCUCCCUUCCCCUGCUCUCUGCUGUGCUUGUGGACUUUGCAUCAUGCUAGCAGGGAUCAACAUCACUUUAGUGGGAGCAUUUGCCUUUGGGACCUUUCUCCCAGUGAACAACCCUCCCAUCAUCAUCGGACCCAUCUUGCUGGUGGUGGCCUUCACAUUCUUUGGUGCCUGCUGCAUCUGCAGCCGGAGGCCCCCAGCUCAUGGGACCAGGAAAUCCAAACCAGGUUCUAACAUUGGGCUCAUCAAACCUGGCAACACAGCCUUUGAAAUUGAAACUAGUGAGCACACGGUGCAGGAUACCACUGCUGUUCAGCUGAGCCCCACAAAUUCCCCCAUAUCCUCAAAAAAGUCCACACCGGUUCAUGAAAAUGCAAAGACUUGCAAGCUCUUCACCAUGGAAGGCAACGGGCCGGUGGCCAAGUACACUACAGGAGGAGAGGCGAUACAGCUCAACUUGCCCAGGGACCUGGCCACAUCCUAAAGCCAGGCAGAGCUUUUGUUAGCAGCCAGCCAGACGCUGCAACGAGUGGGCUGUAAAUCCAUGAUGUACCAUCUAUCAGAGGUGUGGGGAAGGUGUUUAUGAAAAGUCAGCAGAGGCAUGUCUCUCUGAAUCCAUUUAAGGGAGGUGGAUGCAACAGCAGAAAAAUUUCAGAUUUUUGCUGAAAGGAACAUGCCCAUUACAUGUCCUUAAAAAGAAAAUUGAUAAUGAUGUUGCUGUGGAAGGAUGACUCUCACUUUCUGGGAAUACACCAGCUUUUUGGGGGAGCAGAUAGGAAGAGAGGAAUGAAUUAAUUUGUGUAGCAUAAUGUGUAAAUGUGAUGGCUGGAAGGAGGGGAUACAUGGGGCUGACAAAUGACAGCUCUUUCUUCUCAGAAUUGAAGCAAUUCUUGAACGUAAAAGAAGCAGGAAUGCAGUAAAUUACAGCUUGCUGCCACUCAGUCACAAGAAGAUUUCAGCAGUUUUAGUGCCAGGCUUUUUGGCAGUAGGGACAAAGCUUUGUGUCUGCUAUUGAAAAAGCAGUGUGAAACAAUCUCCCCUCUGAAAAAUCUUUGCCCCACCUUGCCUUCAUUCGGGUGACUUUACACCACCCAUUCUAAGAGACAACUAAUCACAUGGAUCACAAUUAGCACUGGUAUUUUGCUCUUGUUUUAAUCAGGUUGGGCUGCAGCUGUGUUGCUCUGUGCAGUAAGUAUGUUGGAAGGUCGGCCAGGCUGAAUCCUUGGGGACAAGCUCUUGGAGUAACCAGAGAUUAGAAGGAGCCUGCAAAUGAAAUCUUUGGGCAAUGACUAUGUACUGAAUGCUAGGCAGCUUCCUUUCCAUCUUUUUGUGGAAGUCUGGCUUGGGACAAGAGGCAAAUAACUGUGUGGGCUUCAGUAUAGCUGUGCUGGAAGGUGGUGACUGUAUCUCGUUCACUGAAGUGACUGGGAGAUCCAUUACACAGAGUGGUCAAUCAGGAGUGGAUCUCCUUGCUGCAAGAAACUGGCUACUCACUGUGCUCGUGAGCUUGCAAAGCAUUGGGAUGAGUUUGCAGAAGAGAAUUUAUCAAGAACUGUUCAAUGCAAAGACACCACCUCUGCCCCGGAAAGACCCUGAUCUGAUGGAUUAUUGCUGCAAAAGCUUUGUGUUCUUCCCUGGGCAACCCCGUCUGGGAAGAUGGUGCUGUGAUAAUGGGCCUUUGCCUGGACUCCUGUAGGGGCUGUUCACAUGUUUUAUGAGAUAUGGUACCAGUGUGGGGAAGGACAAUUGUGCUAGGCAGGACCUGUACAUGGGGAGGCAGCACCAGGAGAAUGGAUUUUGAGUAGGAACGGCUGUAUAGAUCCUGUGUUUAUAGAAAUCUUAUAUUUGAAAUUGGGCUCUGGAGACUUUGAGUGAUUAGGAAGUCAUAUGGACACAAGAGUCACCAUACCAGAUCAUUCCAAAGACACAGCUAGCCCAGCAUCCCAUUUCUGACAAGGCCAAAAGCAAGGUCUGGAGAAGAGCAUAAAGACAGGGCAAAACCAGGAUGUUGCUUGCCCCAAAUGCUCUCCCAGCCUCUACUGCUCCAAUGCAGGAAGCUUAGAAGCUUCCUGAGCUGAAAGUGGUGUCAAUAUUUAGUAGCCCUGGAUGAAUUUCUUCUUCAUUUGCAACUCGAAUGUCUGGUAACUUUCACCAUUUGUGAUCCUGCAACAGGGAGAUGCCCAGUUUAAUGUGAGGCCAUAAAGUUCUCUAUCCUUGGUUUAUUUUAUUCCUGCACCCUACUAAUUCCCUUUGAUGCCCCAAGUUUCCUGGAUUAAAAGGUCCAGCAAACAGUCCAUGUUCCCCACACCACUCAGGUUUUCUGAGGCCUUUUGUCAUGUUUCCUUCAGUCAUCUCUUUCUUAUGGUACUUCACAUCUCUUGUAGCCAUGAAUGCUUCCCAUUCAUCCCAGCGUCAGUGUUCUGCUAGGCUGAGGAGUUAUCUAGCAGAAAUAGAUGUGUGGAGAGGUGGGAGGGCUGAAGGGGAAAUGCUGGAGGAGAGGGCAAGGUUGUGACAUGGCCAAGGCUCUCCUGGGCCAUCAGCAGACCUCUGCAUGGCCAGGCUGUGAGAGCUGUAUGGCUAGUGUGCUGGGUUAAGUGAUGGCGUGUGGGCUUGUGGAGGAGCUGGAGAGAAGAGCCAUGAUGCUGUACAGUCCAUGCAUGAGGUGUCCUGGUUGCUCUGGGGAGCUGCUGUGCAGCUGAUGUGUCCUUUGUGAAUUCGGGUGGGGUGAGGUUGAAUUUCAUGUCUUGAUGAAAGGUAAUCAAACACUCUGUCAUAAUGUGGGUCCUUCUUGAGUGCACCAAUGGUUUGCUGCCUUGAACAGCUAGCUGCUUCUACAUCAAGGAAUCACAUCUGUGAUUUUAGCAGGGCUGGUCUACUGUCUAGGGGGGGUAGAGGCAGGAUUGGGAAAAGAAUGUUUAUGUGGGCCUGGAAAGAUGUGGGUUCAAGUCUUCGGUACAGCCUGCAAGUCCUGGGCAAAUCAUUUAUUUGUGCUACUGCUCAGCUCCCUGACUGUAUGAGAGGGAAAAUACCUGUUCCAAAUUCCACUUAAAGCUGCUUUAAAGAUUAAAACAUUGCCAAACAGCAGGGUUGGUAUUAGCACACCUGAGUCUGGAGAUUGCUUGAAGGUGGGUGAGUCUCUAUGGUCUGAUCUCUGCAUGAUCUUUAAAGCUCAUUUUCAUGGGUGGGCUCUGCCUCCAGCACCGGCUGCCCUUUGGCACGCAGGAACUGCUGUACUGAACAAAAGGCUCCCAUGAUUUUUGCCUGCUGGUGAUUGCUGUAGCAAUUAAACAGAAUAGCUUUCUGGUGUAGGUUUGAUUCCCAGCUUGCUGGCUCACCAGCUUUUUGGAAUAGCACACAACAGGCUAGAGGUCCUUUACAGGCAUUGCCCACAUGAAUAUGGUUACUGCAGCACUUUUCUUCAAGCACUGGAAGCAAAAAAAAUAGUAAAAUCAAGUGGUAACCAUACAAGUCCUUCCUCUACUCGUUGAAGGCUUGAAACCCAAGUUUGGAGUGUGCAUACUGGAAUCAAUCUAUGACAGCUGCAGCAUGAAAUGCUACCGGUGAUGGAUAAUACAACGGCAGAUCCCAUACAAGUAGAAGGCAAAGGCCCCUUGGGCAGGAAUGGGGGCAGAAGCAGGACUGAGGGCCAGCUAGGAGUUUCGUGUUGUUCACAUUUGUGUUGUGGUCUCACAGACUGUACCAUACAGGAAACCCCAACAUGGCCUGGGGACCUGGCUCAUCUUGCACUGCACACGCAGGUCGCCAUACAGCCGGUGUUGCUCCGGGAGCUGAUGCCCCUGGGACCCAAGGAACAACAGCCAGCAGAGAUGACACCUGGGCAAGCAGAGGAGUAGGACCGGUGAGAUGCUGGUCCCCUGGUGUGGUGGGUCUGUAUGCCAAGCUGUGACCCCAGCUGCCUGCCUGCACAACAAGGUGGGCAUGGGAACAUCUGCCUUCUGAAGCAUGAAUGCUCUGCUUUUGCCUUUUCCUGUCUUUCAGGAUUUCCAUGUCUGUCUGUCCACCUCCGUGAUCAGUCGUGACUAAUGUUGUGAAUCUUGUGCCUCCUUGUGUAGCGGGAGACAGGGAGAGUUUCUUGUGCUCUAAGUCAGCGUUUUUGGUGUGAGUCUUUUUUUAAAUUACUAUUUAUGUGUGUGCGAUAUGGAAUUUGGAAAAGAAACUCAUUAAAAUA